AAAUUAGACCCGAAUAACCGUGUAAAAAUUCCCUAAGGUUACUUUUCAAAAACAAGAGGGACUACUUCACUUUGCAGUUCAGCUGUUUGAAAAAUUUCCUCUUCAGAAUUGCUAGUGUCAAUAUGGACAAAGCGGAGCUUGAGAGCUUUCUAAAGGUUCUACCUCCUGUAGACUUUUGCUGCGUCUACGGUUCAGCUCUUCAUCCAAACAAUCAUGAAAAGUCAACCAUGGUAGAUUACAUUCUUGGUGUAUCGGAUCCUGAGCAAUGGCAUUCUCAGAAUCUAAAAAUGAACAAAAGGCACUAUGCUUCAUGGCUGGCGCACCUUGGCGGGGCGAGAAUGAUUACUCAAAUUGCUGAUGAAAUCGGUGUUGGAGUACACUUCAACCCUUUUGUUAGUUGGAAUGACAAGAUGUUCAAAUAUGGGAUUGUUCGGAUGCAUGACUUGGUUCAAGACAUACUGAAUUGGGAGAGAUUCUACUUGAGUGGUCGUUUACAAAAACCGGUCCAUAUACUUGUGGAUAAUCUGGAUCUAGAAAAUGUAAACUCUUCUAAUUUGAGGGCUGCAAUCUCUGCUGCCCUCCUCCUUCUGCCACCAAAAUUCACUGAGGAAGAUUUGUAUGCCAAAAUAUGUAGCCUCUCAUAUAUGGGUGAUUUGCGUAUGCUUUUUGCAGAGGACAAAAAUAAGGUGAAGAAGAUUGUACAAGGGCAAUUUGAUUUAUUCCAGUCCAGGUAUAAGUCAUUUCUUGAAGAGUACGAGGCUAAAGAGUUGUUGAGACUCACGUCAUAUGGAAGUCGCCAAACAAAUAUUUCCCAGGAUUGUGGCUUAUCCGUAGCUCGGCAUCUUGUUAAUACCCUUCCUCCAAUGGUCAGAAGCCAAAUGGGCAUGAAGCUAGGAGAGAAGACAAAGCUGAGUGACUCUGGUAUGAACUUCAACUUAUCUUUGGCGGAUUUAUGGUAAAGAGUAGUUUUUGAAGACGCAAAUAGAUUCUAUAGUUUUAUCACUACACAUCUACACUCAUCCCAACUUUGUGCACUCAAUUUUACUGGGAAAAACAUGAUUUGGGUCAUUCAU